AAAUCCCAGUUGAAAUUCACUCCUCCACUCGCACAGCAACCCUUUCACCGCAGUUCUCACUCUGCUCCUUUUCAGAAGCACGCCGCAUUCUUGGACGAUCGAGUGAACCCAGGAACGAGGAGAGAAAAGAGGAAAGAAAGAAAGUGAUAUCAUCAUUGCAUCCCGAAAUCCACUCUGAGAGCUUAUACACGACACCCAUCAACACACUUUCUCUCAGCCCACACAAUGGUGAAGUAAAGUUGACACUUUUAAGUCAUAAUUUUUUGUAUCGCAAGUGUCUCAAGACAUAAAUACAUACUUGAGAUCUGAGGACUCUGAUAGAGAAAGUAGAGAAAAACACAGUUAUUGUACAAAUUCCGAUUUACAUACAUAGACGGUUCACCCCGGACAAUGCAUGAGUCCUGGAACGGUGGCAUUUCACGAAUCCGUAUACAUGCUGCCUACGACCAGCUAGCAAUUAUGGACGAAAAGUUGUGUGGACGCUUGCCAAAAAGCAGACAAGGGACAACAUAUUAGUCGGCGAGUGUCAAAGGUGAAGAAAGAGGGAAAGAAAAAGCGUGGAGACUGCAAAACAAGCAGGCUGACUGCCCUGUCCAUACCCUCCCUUCGUUCGUUCUCUUCAUAAUUUCCAAAAUAUUUAUUUUCUCGCUCAUUUCGUGAGUGAAAGUGCUCCUCGACUAUUUUUCAAGAGUUCUUCCUUCAUGAAAGUCAGCCAGAGUCCCAGAGUUUCUCCUGGGUGUUGACUUUUCCAUUAUGUAUCACGCCACAGACGUACCCAACACUGUUGCACCACUUGAGUGUAUUAUUUGAGUGAAGGAAAAUAAGUGUAAAAGGAGAGGCUGGUCGGGUGCUUCACUUAUUUAUGAAACUUGAUGGAGUAGCUCAAGGGAAAGUAAACGGAAAGGUGGGAGUUGUUCUUUUCUCAUUACUUCUAAAACUGUGGCAAACUCUUCCAGAGAAAUGCAUCCGUAUAUCUGCCCAUAAAUCCGACAAAUUAUGAGGCUUUCAAUGUUGCACUGAACUCUACAUGCAUUUAUGUAGUUGCGUGAGAAUUUGAGUGGUGGGGUGAGACACCUCCAGUGACCAUACAGUAUUUAACAAUGACUUGAAAUUCAGACGCAAUAAUAUUUUUGCCCCACAAAUCACAGCGAUAAAUAUCUCUUUUUUUACUCCAUUGUUGAGUUUGGAAAUCAGGGGGAGUGCAAAAGUUCAAAAUGCGCUUCGCCUGCUGGAAGGUGCAUACAUGUUUUCUCUUCUUGAGCUGUAGUUUACGAAUUUCUGGAUCCAGUAAAACAAGUCAAGAGCAACAUUAUGGGAGCAUUAACGAGUAUGGUCAAGCUCGGGCUCACAACUCCAAGAAAGAACAAAAGCAAACGUACGGAUAUAGUCAGAUUUACCCCAAUAGCAACAACCUCGAUCAAUUGGGUGCAGCGUACCCACCCCCGUUGACCCACCACCACACGGGUUCACACGCCAUAUUCUUAGGUCCGAGUCCCACCCACAGCGGGGUCACCUCCUCAGCAACAACGAGCUAUGAACCUUUCGGCUACAGCCACUAUUCCAUUUCAUCACAUUUCUUCAACAGCGAGAAUGAGACUUCGACCGCUCAGAUGUUCAAUGGGUCCACACCCGCACCGCCGGAAAAUGAACCUCCUGCAUCAAAGUACAGCCUUUUCCAGACAAUCAUUAUUGCUUGGAUCGCUUCUUGUCUGGGACUGCUUACCGUAGGGGGAAACAUUUUGGUAAUGGUUUCCUUUAAGAUUGACAAACAACUGCAGACGAUAAGCAACUACUUUCUGUUCUCAUUGGCUGUCGCCGACUUUCUCAUUGGUUCGAUUGGAAUGCCGCUGUCGACUGUGUAUUUGUUAGUGGGACACUGGCCAUUUGGCGCAAGAAUUUGCGAUGCAUGGUUAGCAGUCGACUAUCUCACCAGCAACGCUUCCGUGCUAAACCUUCUAAUGAUCUCAUUUGAUCGAUAUUUCUCUGUUACACGUCCGUUGACAUACAGGGCAAAACGUACAACUAAAAGAGCAGCAUUGAUGAUAGGUUCAGCCUGGUUUAUAAGUUUGCUGUUAUGGCCUCCCUGGAUUUAUGCGUGGCCAUACAUUGAAGGCAAAAGGACAGUACCAGAGUUCAAAUGUUACAUUCAAUUUAUUGAAACAAAUCACUACAUCACUUUUGGAACAGCGAUUGCCGCAUUCUACAUUCCAGUGUCAAUCAUGCUCUUUCUCUACUUUCGAAUUUACAGGGAGACUGAGAAGAGACAAAGAGAUCUGUCUCAACUUCAAGCAGGAAAGAAGGACUCGAGUCGCAGAUCCAAUUCCAGCGACGAAGCGGUGGAUGUUGAAGAAUGGAAAAGAAUGAGGGCUGAGUCAUGUAUCUGUCCGGACCAUCUAGAACGAGCUUCCUCUUGUCCUGUCCACAGUCGACAGUCUGUGAGUCAAGCAAUUCCACAAUGGUGUUCAAAACGGUGGCGUUGUAUGGCGAGGUUGUGCAGGGCGUUUGUGGGGUUUUGUCGCGUGGACCGUGAUGCUGAAGUGGACGACGACGUUGAGGGUGAAGAGGAACACGUGUCCCCCGGCUGCGCCACCCCCGCUUCCGUGGAGACCCCACUCCAAUCCUCCGUCUCUCGGUGUGUCUCCCUCAACGUGAUUCGUGACCCACUCGCUCAAACCCCCACGCGACGCAACGACUCCAUCGUCUCGCCCAUUCAAAACACACAAGCCAUCACCCACAAAGAUGCGCACUCCAUUACUUCAGAAGGUUCGAAUGGAAAGUUGCCAGCGAGCGAGUCCGUGUACACAAUUCUUAUUCGGAUUCCUGGAGAGCUGGAGGCAAACCAGAAAGGGAGCAUCCGGAUGAUACAGGAGCCUGGCCCGCUCCCUCCGCCCGUACUUCCCCCCCAGCACCAAAAGGUCAAAUUAGCCGGAUCCGCCCCAGAAACUGGAUCGGCCACGGUGACGGACUCGCCUGCAUCUGGAAGCGGCGUUGGGAGCUUGGCUAGACGACCCUCUUCCGCCGUCCCUCCUCUCAACGCCCGCGUUGUUCCGAAACCAUUAACUACCAAAGGGUCCACCGGGACUUUGUCUUCCGCUUCCGUGCUCCCUGUAGCCCCUCCCAGGAAGAAGAAGAAGAAGAAUCAAGAGAAAAAACAGGAGAAGAAGGCGGCAAAAACCCUCUCUGCAAUUCUUCUAGCUUUCAUCGUCACGUGGACGCCAUACAACGUUCUCGUUUUGAUAAAAACCAUCAUGGUCAACGACGAUGCAAUUCCAGAGGGGGCAUGGGAUGCUGCGUAUUUUUUAUGCUAUUUAAACAGCACGACAAAUCCCAUGUUGUACGCUCUUUGUAAUGCUUCAUUUAGACGUACGUACAUUAGAAUCCUGACCUGCAAAUGGGAUAAUUCAAGGAGGCAGGCUCUCAAUCGUGGGUAUUAUAAUUAAAUCUAUACUUUCUCUACAUGGUGCUUCAUUAUAACCAACAUUAUUUACUCUCCAGUACUUUAGUUCUUCACCAGAAAGCUUUUUGAUACAUCUUAUUGUAAAGAAAGCACUGCACAUAAAGACAGACGAAAUAAUAUAAAUUAUUUUAUUUUGUGGUCUACAAGAAUUUAUCUGUACCGAAUCGACGCCAUAAAUAUGAAAUUAUGAGACACUAAAUAUAAUUAUAAGAUUUUAUUCUCGCAUUUAUCCUAAGCUGCUUAUUUUUUACUAAUGUUUUGCACAUCAAAUUCAAGUUAUUAAGAGAUCGAAUAUGACAUAAAUUAGACAUCUGUAUAUGUAGAAAAUGGGAACUGAUGGCAAUUAAGUAACGAAAUGAUGACACCAAUAAUCACAUUAUGUACUUCGUGUUGCGCAAUUCGAUAAAGGCGAAUUUACGAAACAGUUCUCCGUGACUUACUUUUUUUCUGCUAACGAAUUAAACUUUCUUAUAAUGAUGCACAAUAAUAAUGGUAGUGUUCCUGUCACUUUGUUCCUCAUCCAACUCAGUUCACAAUCCACUUAAUCUUUCUGUGUUCAGUUCAAUGUAGCAAAUUGGCCAACUCUUUCUUCGUAUAUAUAUACACAUAUUCCCCGGAAUUGCCAAGUAUAAAAGUGAACUAAAGAAUUGCUAUUUAGCUAACCAAACGUAACUAACUGGAGCUAAAACCUAGGCGUUCUCAGGUUCAUAUACAUAUAGUGAAAGUGAGGAGUUUUAUGAAAGGGGGAUACGGACUCUACAGGGUUGAUAUUUGAUUUCGCAUCUCUAACUCCAGCUCUUCUGUUACAUUCCUUACUCAUUCUUUCGCUAAUAACACAAUACCCAAACUUACUAAAAGUUUUUGUUUCUCAGCUUUUGCCACUGCCAUAAACAGUAGUUGGGAUGGAACAAGGUAAAAGUUUUCUUCUCAAAGUUUUUUGACAAACACAAGAAAGAUGUGGCAGAGUUGGGAAAGAAAAGUGUAGUGGAAUUUUUGGAAAGGCUGAUAGUUGUAGUAGCGCUACUACGACUGGAUGUUCAGUCAGACCGAGUUUUAUACUUUUCUAAGCAUUUACUUUCCUUUCUUGUCUGGUGGUGAGAGUUGCUUCAGAUGGUAUUGUUUUACUUCUCGCCGAUAGCAUCUCUCAAUCAAUUUGGACAUGACCACAACCCACUCGGCUCGAACGUUGGGAGAAAUUUCAAAAGAUAUUACUCUCUCCGACAUUGGCUAUUUAUAGGAAAGAGACUUUUGGGAAUUAUUUGCUGUACAAUUCAAAUUGUUUUGAUUGGCCUCGCUGAUUGAAUCGACCGGAUUGAACCAGAUAUCGGCUGUGUCACGUUUUUAUAUAAGUUAUUAGGUUAGAUUAUUUCAAAGAGAUUCUCUCCGUCUCGUUUAUAUAUUUUGGGAAUAUUUUACUUGACGAGAAUCUUGUUGGAGAAUGAGAAUACGAACUCACGUAAAUUUAAUGUUACGUCACUUUCAGUAUCGAUUGGUUAAUUUGUCAGGGGCAUACGAGACAAACACAUUCUCAAGGAAUAUGCAAGCUUGUUGAGUGAGCUAUGCAAAUAUGAGAAUGAGUGAGUAUGUGCUUUCGUCGCUUUCUUUAUUUCUGUCACUACUUACAAUUAGCAAACUCGUCUGACUACAGUCUAAAUAGUAAUGAAUAAUUAAGGUGUUUUUAGUCGCACGACUGUUCUCAAAGUAUGGUGCAAAGUGUGAGUGAUGCUAAACUAUGAGUAUCCUGAACCUGAUUUUAUUUCGAAAUGUACCUAAGCCAUUUAGCAGAUUAGUGUGUCAGUCUAUCAUAUUUAGUACAAUCAUUGAUAAAAUAUAUAAAGUCCAUCGUAUGUAUGUACCAACCAACCAAUCAAGCUUCCUUGAGCGAAUGUUUAUGGUAUGUCGUGAGGACGUGUGUAUGGCAAUUUUAGUGGCUAUGCAUACUUUUUGUUAUUUCGGGUGAAGAACUUGAGCUGAAAGAUUUUAUAAAUGUAUGUAAGUUGUUGUUUGGAACGAAGCGCACCACAAACAAAGUCUGUUUAAGAUAAGUUAGCCCGGUUGAUAAAUGCAAGUAUGCCAGUAAAUGAGAUUUUUGCAUAUAAUUUCUUCAUCCGUAGUACCGAUUAUGGAUACGCUGUUAAUUUUAAUAUAUUGAAACAGCUUUGUUUAUAUCUGGAUGAAAUAAUUUUCUACGCCUAUAAAACGUAAAUUUGGCGUCAUAAACUGUUGAAUUUUGCAGUAUUCCUUCAAGUAAGUUAAAAUUAGUGGUCAUAACUAACUGUAUGUAGUUAUAACACCAUCCACACAUAUGCAUACAACGUAUGUGAUCGCAGAAGCGAGCUAUUAAAUUUUCAAGUUUUUUUACCACUUUCGGUACCACUAAAAACGUACAUUCACGACCAACCUAAGGAGACAAUCUCUUUCUAAAAUAUGGAAAGUAUUUGCUGAUAUUUUAGCGAGUAAAAAUAAACAA